CUUGUCAUUCUUGAAAAUUUCGGGGCGUUCUCCCCACCCGGUCUACCUGUCAAACAGGAGAAUCAACUCGUUGCAGCGCUUCUCCAUAGCUGUAGCAAGGAAUAGAGCCUCCGGGCAGUCCCCGUCGCACCUAUCACCACAACUACACGCGCAGCGGGUCCGUGGCGUACUCGGCCACACCUUCCCCCGGACGGCCCACCCUUGCGACGGGGCUUCACACCACGUUGCUGCUGUCUCCCGGGACCGGGGCCCGCUUCCCCCGCGGGCGCUACACCGGCCAUCACGCGGGGGAUAUAGACGCUAGCGCUCUAGGGAGGCCGAGUCCUGAGCACGGCACGCGCUAGCACGCGCUAGCCGCGGCACGGGGCCUAGACCACCUGGUCAAACAGUCCCCCGAGCCAGGCCCAGGCCCCAGCCUCCUCCCCAAAUCCUACCCCAGCCCCACCCCAGCCCCGCCACCAAUCCCCCCAGCCUCCAUCACCAUGUGGGGCAAGAAGAACGCCUCGGCGGCGCAGGUGGUGCGCGAGCGCAAGGAGGAGGAGGUGGCUCGCAACGCGCUGUUCGCGGGUCAGGAGGGCGAGAUUGUGAUUGACCCCACACAGCUGCCGGUGGAGGAGCAGACCACGGACCAGCUGGUGCGCACGGCGCAGCAGACGCACAAGGAGACCACACAGGCGGCGCAGCGCGCGCUCAAGGUCAUUGAGGAGUCCAAACAGAUCCAGGCUGAGACCAUGAAGAACCUGGAGGAUCAGAACAAGAAGAUGUGGGACAUACACACACGCAUGGACGACAUGAACGAGGAGCUGACGUAUGCGGAGAAGCUGCUGAGCUACAUGCGGCGGUGCUGCUGCUGCUGGCUGUGCGACUCGUGCACGGGCGCGGACCCGGAGGAGCAGCGCAAGCGGGCGUGGCAGCGGCGGGUGGCCAAGGGCAAGACCGCUGUGCCGGCGGGGAGAGGCCAGCCGCCACAGCAGGGGCGCGGGGGCGCCGGCGAGAAGGCCAACGGCGGCGGCGGCGGCAACGGCGCGGGCGGCAAGGAGCAAGGGGGCACGUACCGCAACCCGGACAUUCGGUUGCCGGACGAGCACCGCGGCGUGGAGAUGGGGCUGCACGAGGAGACCCGCAAGCAGGACGAGGUGAUCGACCAGAUACACGCCGGCCUGGAGCACCUGCUGGAAGGCGCCCGGGGCAUGCACGGCGAGCUGGCGGCUCAGAACAAGGAGCUGGACGCGCUGGACGACAAGGCCGCCGCCACACGCGACCGCAUCAACGACGUCAACAAGAACAGCCAGCUCAGGAACAUGGCGGGUAUUCGCCUCAAGUAGGCUUCGAGUAGGCCAGCCGUAGGGCCCCUGUGCGCGCGCGGGAGCCUUGCUCGCGGCAAGCCUAAGCCCUCCAAGGAGGAGCCGCUGGUGCCGGGACUGCCCUCCAAGAACGACGUGGCGCUGGCCGCGGCCAAACGCCUGGCGGGCGUCUGAGGCGGGCAGGCGUAUGAGCGGCGGCGUAGCAGCGGUGUGGCAGGCAGGGUGCGGCGGUGCCACGGCGGAGCAGCCAGGGGCUCGAAUUGCUGGGACUGGUUGUGUGGAGGGCAAUGGCCGGCGUUGGCCGAGCAGGGUGCGCAUGGUGUUUGUGGGGCGGACGGAUUUGAGGAGCGGCAGGCGUGAAGUAAUGCGGCGCUGGAGUGGCGGGCGCGGUGCCGUACGGCAGCGCCGUCGCAGUACAGUCGGGCACUGUAGGUGCGGAGCUGGUAGAGUGAGCGGUUGCCGUGCUGUGCCGACACUUACCGCGUGGAUACUCGGGAGGCGGCUUGGGGUGCGGUAUGCUUGUGCUUGCCUAACAGGCUAACACACAUACGGUAUGGGAGUCUGGAUCCUCGUUAACUGCUGAAGGUCUGUCAGUGAAUUCUUGGGAAGAUGCCAAGGCCCAGAUGGGUGUUGCACGGUCACACGGUGCGUCGAUGCCGUUGGCUCGCUGCACAGUUGCACAGAUAGCAACUUGGCUCGGGAGGAUGC